CACCAGUGAAGCGAGAGGAACGCUUGUUGGAGUCAACUAGACAGGCUGCUGGAGACGAGUAGUGAUUUCUCUCUUUUUUUUCUGCCUCAGCCAGGCUGGAUAUAGGCUACAGUGUUUCUUUUUUGCUGCAGCUGAGCAUGAAAUGCGUUUUGAACAUACAGUAGGUUCUGGAAUCAUUUAAUCCCCCUGGCUUUUGCUUACAUUUUGAGCGGAUUUUUUAUUGCAUGGACUAAUAACUGGGAUAUGUGUAGCCCUUUGCCAAGUGAGAUACGAGGGAAUUAAUUAGUAAGUAAAAGCUACAAGACUUGCGGAGGGGACGAGAGACUAAACCUGCUGGAAAGGAAAAGGUAAUCGGGACUUGAGUGAUAUGAUGAGACAUUCCUGCAAUUGCACCUUUCUUUAGAUAAAUAUAUCCGGACUUUGUGAUUGCAGACCCUUUCAGCUCUUUUCCAUCUGAUGUACUUUUUCUUGAAAGCCUAUAGCUGCCGACCUGAGAGGGAAUGUAAUCACUCCUUGUAAUAUAGCUCAUCACGCAGAACAAGAUGUUUAUCCAACCUGCGACUUAAAUAUUGACUGGCAUCAGGGCGGAGAACUGAACACGGACUUUUGAGCCUCGUUGCUUCAUCUGCACGGAAGAUUAACAUCUUUAUGGACUUGCUCACAGAAGAAUUCACAUUUUAAUUCUAUGCAGUCCGAAGCUUUGUCCUCUUCUUUCAGCUCACUUGAAAAUGGACAAUGUAUCCUAUGAGUCUUGUGUAACAGCAUUUUUCUGCUUGUUAAGAGCUGCACGGAUAUUUACGACUAAAAGACUACUGUGAGAAGAUUCAGUAUGUUUUCCCAUAUCUGCCGCCCUCAAUGUUUCGCCCGCUGCAGUAGACCGGAGGAUGCGCUGUGCCUGAGAAGAGCGAAAUAGUCUAAAGCACUUGUUAGAAUUGUAGCCUCCAGACCAUGAUUUAAUCUGCAUACAAAAGAGACAUCCGAAUACUUUUUUGGGAAGAAUUUGAAUGCGAUGAUUCAUUUUUUUAAUUUUUGCGAUUCUCUCUGACGUGCAUUCCUGUGAAUAAUUAUCAAGGUCUUAUUAGGGGAAAAAAAUAAACUCAACAGGUACAAUGCAAACCAAGGAGAUGGAAUUUAUACAAUUAACGGCUGUGUUCAUUUUAUUUUGGGUCGGGACUGAGGCUGUUAUCAACCUAAAAUAUGGAAUAAACGAGGAGAUGAAGCCCGGGUCAGUAAUUGGAAACGUGACAAGGGACGCACUUAAGCAAGGAUUUCAGAUUGCACCGCAGCCCCCUUAUUUAAGGGUUAUUUCCAAUUCAGAACCACGAUGGGUGGAACUCAGUCCAGCUGGAAUCCUUACAACCCAAAUGAAAAUAGAUCGGGAUGUAGUUUGUCGACAAAACCCAAAGUGCAUUAUUUCUCUAGAAGUGAUGUCAAACUCUAUGGAGAUCUGUGUCAUCAAAGUUGAAAUUGAAGAUUUGAACGAUAACGCGCCCAGGUUCCCAACGAGCCACAUUGACAUUGAAAUAUCAGAGAAUGCCUCCCCUGGUACCAGGUUUCCCCUAGAGGGGGCAAGCGAUCCGGACUCAGGGAUCUUUGGAGUGCAGUCGUAUUCCAUCACUCCAAAUGAGCUUUUCGGACUAGAAAUCAAGACCAGAGGGGAUGGGUCAAAAAUUGCUGAGCUUGUUGUGCAAAAAUCCUUAGACAGAGAGACCCAGUCCCACUAUACAUAUGAAAUCAGUGCAGAGGAUGGAGGGGACCCUCCAAAGAUAGGCGCGGUCCAGUUAAAUAUCAAGGUAAUUGAUUCUAAUGACAACAACCCUGUUUUUGAUGAGCCGGUGUAUACUGUCAAUGUAAUGGAGAAUUCCCCUAUAAAUACAUUAGUCAUAGAUCUGAAUGCAACGGAUCCUGACGAGGGCACUAAUGGAGAGGUUGUGUACUCAUUCAACAGUUACGUCACCGAGAAAACAAGAGAGGCCUUCAAAAUUGACCCCAGAACCGGGAUCAUCACAGUCAAUGGGGUUUUGGAUUAUGAAACAACAAAAAUAUACGAAAUCGAUGUCCAGGCCAAAGAUUUAGGUCCCAACUCUAUUCCAGCUCACUGCAAAGUCACAGUGAAUGUGAUGGAUACGAAUGAUAACCCACCUAUCAUUAAUUUGCUCUCACUGAACACAGAGAUGGUGGAAGUCAGUGAAAACGCGCAGCGUGGAUAUGUCAUUGCGCUGGUGAGGGUGUCAGAUAAGGAUUCUGGGGCAAACGGCAAAGUGCAGUGCAGGUUGCAGGGUAAUGUUCCAUUCAGACUGCAAGAAUAUGAGAGCUUCUCCACCAUACUUGUUGAUGGCAGGCUGGACAGAGAGCAAAAGGACACGUACAACCUGACUAUCCAAGCAGAGGACAGUGGCACUCCUCCUUUACGUGCCACAAAAUCUUUGGUAGUCAAAGUCACAGAUGAAAAUGAUAACCCGCCCCACUUUCUUAAGCCACACUAUCAAGAGAUGGUGAUGGAAAACAACCUCCCUGGUUCAUGUCUGCUGGCAGUUUCAGCAGAGGACCCGGACCUAGGGAUGAAUGGCACAGUUUCAUACUCCAUAGUCCCUGGUGAGAUUAAGCACAUGGAUGUAAACACAUAUGUCAGCAUAAACCCAUCUGGUCGCAUUUACUCCAUGAGGUCAUUUGAUCACGAAUACACCAGGACUUUUGAUUUUAAAGUUUUGGCCAGAGACAACGGUAAUCCCUCCUUAUCCAGUAACGCCACGGUGCGUAUUGUCGUGCUUGAUGUCAACGACAACACACCUGUUAUGACAAACCCUCCUCUGGUUAAUGGCACAGCGGAGGUCUCCAUCCCAAGAAACGCUGCAGUGGACUACAUGGUGACCCAGGUGAAAGCCGACGACUACGAUGAGGGGGAGAACGGGCGACUGACCUACACCAUCUCGGAGGGGGACAGGGCUUUCUUUGAAAUCAACCAGGUGACCGGAGAGGUGCGCUCCACCAGGAUGUUUGGAGAAAAUGCCAAAUCCACGUACGAGAUCACAGUGGUGGCAAGGGAUCACGGCAAGCCCUCCCUCUCCGCCUCGGCCUACAUAGUAAUAUACCUCUCACCAGACCUGAACGCGCAGGAGACUAUUGGACCUGUCAACCUAUCCCUCAUCUUCAUCAUCGCUCUGGGCUCUAUCGCAGCUAUCCUGUUUAUAACCAUGAUUUUUGUGGCGGUCAAGUGCAAGAGGGACAACAAGGAGAUCCGGACGUACAACUGCAGUUUCUUCUACUUGCGCAGGGUGGCAGAAUACUCAUAUGGCAACCAGAAGAAGUCCAGCAAGAAGAAGAAGCUGAGCAAGAAUGACAUCCGCCUGGUGCCACGAGACGUUGAGGAAACAGACAAGAUGAAUGUGGUGAGUUGCUCAUCUCUCACCUCCUCGCUCAACUACUUCGACUACCACCAGCAGAGCCUGCCACUGGGCUGCAGGCGCUCCGAGAGCACCUUCCUCAACGUGGAGAACCAGAACUCACGCAAUGCAGCUCCCAACCAUGGCUAUCAGCACCCGUUCACAGGGCAGGGUCACCAGCAGCCAGACCUCAUCAUCAACGGCAUGCCACUGCCAGAGACGGAGAAUUAUUCCAUUGAUUCCAGUUAUGUGAACAGCAGAGCCCACCUCAUUAAAAGGCCCCCAUGUAGCACAUCAACGUUCAAGGACCUGGAGGGGAACAGUCUGAAGGACAGUGGCCACGAGGAGAGCGACCAAACCGACAGUGAACAUGAUGUCCAGAGAGGACACUAUGUUGACACGGCUGUCAAUGACAUGCUGAACAUGACUGUCCCCCCUAAUGUUUGCCAGCUGCCAGACCAAGAUCCCAGUGAGGGCUUUCACUGCCAAGACGAGUGCCGCAUCCUUGGUCACUCUGAUCGCUGCUGGAUGCCUCGUGUGCCAAUCCCGGCACGUGCCAAGUCACCCGAGCAUGCCCGUAACGUCAUUGCUUUGUCCAUCGAGGCCACCACAGUGGAUGUGCCACACUAUGAGGAUGGCACCAUUAAGAGGACUUUUGCCACCUUUGGCAAAGAUGGGUCUGAGGAUGUGGAGCGGGGAGAGGUAAAGGGAAAGUGGACUCAGGAGUCUCAGGUGUGUAGCCCCAAGGCCAAUGGAGGGGCUGUUCGUGAAGCUGGCAACGGGCGUGAGGCUGCCAGCCCCAUUACUUCCCCCGUGCACCUGAAGAGCCCUGUUUCCAAGCCAUCAUCUGCCUACAAUACACUGAAAUGUCGCGAUGCAGAGCGAAUCGCCAACCACAGCCUGUUGCGACAGCCGGAAGGGAAGGACAGUGAGCCGGCUGUCAGGGAGAUCAAUACGCUUCUCCAAGAUGGCAGAGACAAGGAAUCUCCCAGCAGCAAGCGCCUGAAGGACAUUGUGCUUUAGCAAGCUUCUCGAUGACACACACACACAUGCAUACAUACAUACAGUGUAAACUCUCACACACACACACAACACACACACUUGCAUAUAUAUAUAUAUAUAUAUGUGUGUAUAUAUAUAUAUAUAUAUAUAUAUAUAUAUAUAUUACUCCGCAAUAGCUGUGUGUGCACAAAGGAAAGUCAGGCUGUGGACGUAUAGAGACACAUCCAUUUGCAGUAUACGAAAUUCAAAUAUCAGUUUGGGCUGAUGAUAACGAACUGUAGUAUGCUGCAGCUAGUUGUGUGCUCAAGCCCUGGUAGUGGAUGUGGCUUUGUUGUAGACGCAGUACUUUUUCCUUGUUUGUUUUUUGUUCAGUUUCCUUUCUGCGGUGAGUGAACAGGCAGGUUACUGUUGACUGCAUGGACACGGCCAGUGGAGCUCUCCAGCUCUUGAGCCAAAGCAGGACACUACAUGUUUGGACACCUGAGGUGCCAGUUCAUACGUACAGUUAUGCCUUUUGAACUACUUUUGUAUCACAAAGUGACAUUUGCCUUCUUUUGGUUUUGCAGUCUGUUUUAGCUGCCAAAAUCGCUAUUUGUUCCUUUGUAUAGUGAGCUCUUUCACCGUAAUAAACAACCACAGAUAUACACAGGAUUCAUCAAAGCAUAGUGAAUUCUUUCCUUCAGCAUUCAGGAGAAGGAACGAGAGGCCUCUCUGUCUCAUUUGCCCCUUCUUCCUGACUGUUAAGAGAAACCUUCUCUGCGUUUCCCCGAGGACAUCACGAUGUCAUAGGACUGUGAGGUCUUUACAGUAUUUAUAUUUUAUCACGGAUGGAGCUAAAUGAACUCUCUCUAUCUGCAAAGCCGCUCUGAACACUGGAAGUGGGACACACAGAUCUUUGUGUUCAAAAUGGGUAGUAUGAAAAAAAAAAAAAAAAAAAAAAAAAAAAGACUUACAUCUUUUGAAAUCUCCUGUGCCCAACCUUUGAUUGUAGCCAGUGGAGCACAAAUUAGAGCGUUGUGCUUUGGUCUUGUACUUUUUUUGACUUUUGACUAUGGGGCUAGGAUAGAAGGGAUCGUCACUCAUGUCUUGCUAUGUGAAACUCUGUAUAGGGUUUACUAUUAUCAUUUUUAAUAACCUGUUGUUAUGUGACAAUCCCUUUAAUGUUUUGUUUCAAGAGAAAAAAGUGAAUAAACAUUGGUGUUCAACUGAAGCUACAGUAGCGUUUGUUACACAAACACAAAAAUAAAAAAAACAUAUAUGCCAAAAUAUAUUUUAUAAAUAAUUUAAAAUGUAAAAUGAGAAUAUUUAAUGCUGUGUAGUUAUUUUAUGAGUAAGUUAUACUUGAAAUUAACUUGCUUUUGUUCAUUUGUCCGCUGCUUUUAUAUUGAACCUGAUUUGUUUUGUUUUGUAUUUUUUUUUUAUUUUGUUUGUUUUGUUUUUAAUUUCAGAAAUGAAUUGGGAUUAUUAUUUUUUGUUUACUGUGUGAUCCCUGGCAACUGUUGACUUGCAGUCUACCUUGUUGUAAAGAGUUUCUUAUUGGUCAGUUCUUGUGCCAUCCGGUUUCUGUGUGGGCUACUAGAAAAUGUUAAAAAGACAAAAAAAAAGUUUAAAUUUAAAAAGAAAAAAAAAAACAACAAAAAAGUGAUUUCAGCACCAACAUUAGUGUGUCAGUUCAAUGAGCUUAGAGUGAGAUAGCAAAAGAAACCAAAAAAGAUUUACACAAAACCAUACAGAUUGCAGGAUGUUGCUAAAUCGUAGUAUCUAUGGAGGACAAAUAACAGCCUUCAGGGUACUUCAGGCAAUAACUGGGUUUCACCUAUAGGUCGACUUUGUUGUUGGACCCAGUUGAGUUCAAACAAGUUUUUUUAUUUCAGCUUCAACUGAGGGCAUUCUGACAUGCAUACCGACUUUAGUCAGCACUGCUGUCACCCUGUGCCAUCUGUGUUCAGCUUAUCUCAAAGGUGAAGUUAAGAUCACAGUGGCAAAAACGGGCUCUCCCCUCCUGCGAGUACCACACUACAGACUGGGUGGAACCAUGUUUGAACAGAGAUCUUGGAAGAACCGUGUUGCACAUCAGCAAUGUGGUUUGAUGUUGCUUUGCAGUAAACAGUAUGUACAAUGUGGGAAUAUAUGAAUGGAAAUGGACAAAUUGCAUACAACCAACUAGAUCUUGUAGCUGAAUGUUUUGCUGGUCUCACCCAUGGCUUCUGGCAACAUAAAAAUCGGAAUAAUCACUGAAUGUAUACAGCAGCUUAUAAUUAAACUAUUAAAUGUU